AGAAUCGAUCAGCUCGAAACUUUGCCGGGGUGGUUUCAUCUAGAUGCAGCACCUUGGCGUUUCUCAUCUCGCGAUGCUGGGAGGUGAACUUCGGCAGCCAACUCCGCCGAAAGAUGUGGGGGUUACGUACUCUGAGGACGACGAGGCGUGGGUCUGGUCUCAGAUAAAGGCCGAGGCUCGCCGUGACGCGGAGUCGGAGCCGGCUUUAGCCAGCUACCUCUAUUCCACGAUCCUCUCUCACUCCUCGCUCUCGCGCUCGCUCUCCUUCCAUCUGGGCAACAAGCUCUGUUCAUCUACACUGUUGUCGACUCUCCUCUAUGAUCUGUUUAUCAAUACCUUCUCCUCCGACCCUUCCCUUUGUGCCGCUGCGGUUGCAGAUCUCCGUGCUGCUCGUAUGAAGGAUCCUGCUUGCGCUUCCUUCUCUCAUUGUCUGCUGAAUUACAAGGGAUUCUUGGCUUGCCAGGCUCAUCGAUUAGCUCACAAGCUAUGGACACAAUCACGCCGGCCGCUGGCUCUAGCGUUGCAGUCCCGUGUCUCGGAAGUUUUUGCCGUUGAUAUCCACCCGGCGGCGAAGAUCGGGAAAGGGAUUUUGUUUGACCACGCAACCGGGGUGGUAAUCGGCGAGACGGCUGUGAUCGGGAACAACGUCUCGAUUCUGCAUCAUGUGACUCUGGGUGGGACUGGGAAGGUAUCCGGUGAUCGACAUCCGAAGAUUGGGGACGGAGUGCUGAUUGGUGCUGCUGCGACAAUAUUGGGGAACGUGAAGAUUGGGGAAGGAGCAAAAAUUGGAGCAGGGUCUGUGGUGCUGAUAGAAGUCCCAGCCCGGACCACCGCGGUGGGGAACCCGGCUAGGCUGGUCGGAGGGAAGGAAAAGCCCUCCAGGCUUGAAGAAUGCGCCGGAGAGUCCAUGGAUCAUACUUCCUUCAUGUCUGAGUGGUCUGAUUAUAUCAUUUAAAGCUCCAUAUUUUCCAGCACAAACUAUACUGGAUAGCUAAAUAGGAACUAUUGAAUGGGAUAGCACCCAAUAUGAAGGGUCGAUUCUCCAUUCAAUGGUUUAUAUUUUGCAAUCCACCUUCUUUUAUCGUUUAAUCACUAGUCUUGCUAAGGGUUUAGCAUACAGUAUCAAUAAUUUGAGGAUAUCAUUGUUAUCUUUGGUGAUAACGAUGAACAUGUAUCCAUACAUAUAUAAUAACGGUUUUGAUGUUAGGGUUAGAACCGCAAACUGCUUCAUUUUUACUUCUGAGGUAGGGUUGCAAAGGAAUGUGUCUCUAGGGACUUCAUUGGUUGGUUGGUUUUGGUCACCAAUGUUUGAUUCCUUAGUGGUUAUGUUAAUGUUUUUGAUAGCAUCUUUCUGUCCCCAGUCAGCAUUGGGGAGAAUAAAGAGUAGAAUUACUUCUUGUCUGUUGAGCAAUGAUACAAAGAUGCCU